CGCCCCCUGGCGGCGCAGGGACCGCCCCCAACCUCGCGCCGCCGCCGCCAGCCUCAGCCCAACAUGGCGAUGCACAACAAGGCGGCGCCGCCGCAGAUCCCGGACACCCGGCGGGAGCUGGCGGAGCUCGUGAAGCGGAAGCAGGAGCUGGCGGAAACACUGGCAAACUUGGAGAGACAGAUCUAUGCUUUUGAGGGAAGCUACCUGGAAGACACUCAGAUGUAUGGCAAUAUUAUUCGUGGCUGGGAUCGGUAUCUGACCAACCAAAAAAACUCCAAUAGCAAAAAUGAUCGAAGGAACCGGAAGUUUAAGGAAGCUGAGCGGCUCUUCAGUAAAUCCUCAGUUACCUCAGCAGCUGCAGUAAGUGCAUUGGCAGGAGUUCAGGACCAGCUCAUUGAAAAGAGGGAGCCAGGAAGUGGGACGGAAAGUGACACUUCUCCAGACUUCCACAAUCAGGAAAAUGAGCCCAGCCAGGAGGACCCUGAGGAUCUGGAUGGAUCUGUGCAGGGAGUGAAACCUCAGAAGGCUGCUUCCUCUACUUCCUCAGGGAGUCACCACAGCAGCCAUAAAAAGCGAAAGAAUAAAAACCGGCACAGCCCGUCUGGCAUGUUUGAUUAUGACUUUGAGAUUGAUCUGAAGUUAAACAAAAAACCACGAGCUGACUAUUAGAAGACACAUUAGUGCAGAAGCUUCCAGGCUGUAGAGCUCUGCUUCCCUUCUCUGACCUCACAAAGAUAAACAUCCUUCACCUGAGUUCGUGGCCAUCCACCUCUGCUCUCCCAGACCCAGUGCCUGUGACUUUGAGUAGUUUGUUCUAAAUGUGGUGACAAAUAAGUCAUUUCUGUAAGACAUUGGGUCUUACUUUAUGUCAUUUUUAGUAACAGAACUGCAGGAAGAUCAAAACAAUGUUGUAAUCCCGGCAAGUUGCUAACUGUGCGUUUCUCCCUUCUUAGAAUGAAUGUCUCCCCCAAAACUGGCUGGCACCAGCUUCAUCUGUGAUACCCGUCAAGAAAUGUUCUCUGGUUUUGUUUUAUGCUGAAAGUAGAACACAAGUCACAUUUCAGAUGGAGGCUGUAAAUAUCUGGCAUUUUCUUAUAUUUUAUGUUUUCUUGUUUUUCUCUUGUUGUUUUUAUCUUAUUUUCUUUGGGGUUUUUUUUGUAAUGCCUUUGUACAGCUCAUACCUUCCUGCUGACAUAUCUGAUCAUCUCUUUCAUGCAGUUGCCAAUAUUCAUAACUGAAAAUAAUCUGGUUCAUCAUAAGUAAAAUGGGAAACUUGCCUCUGUUUUUUGCAAGGGGAGGUAAAGAGUGUUUAGUAAUUACCUAUCUUAAAUCUUUCUGAGUCAGUAGUAGAUUCAUGUUCAAGGAACAGGAAAAAUGGAAAAACGUAAGUUUAAAUCAAUUCUUUUAAAAUAACUAUUUUUAUUCUUUUGUAUAAAUAAAAUUUCACGGGCUUCAAAUUCUCAUGCUUUACUUUUAAACCCGAGAUUGUUUUUUCACUUAUUUAUUCAUAUCAUGCCUUAUGGAAAUUUCUUUUUCUGUAUUUUCUCUCUUUCCUGGUAUUCACCUGAUUAAAUAUUGCUCUGAAAAUCACCAUGGCAUAUGGAAAGUCUCAAAAUUAUACCAAAAGUGAUAACUUAGUCGUUCUUAAGUGGAGUGAAAGGAUAGCAUCAGUGAGAGCCAGUGUUGCCCACCAGGUCUCCCUUUCUUGGAGGGCUUGAUGGGCUGAGGAAUUUGCUAGUAAUUGUUACCUGCCUGUAGUGCUGUGGUGAAUUUGCGGCAGGGUCUGGCUGCACACUGGAAUCACCUGAGAAGCUUUAAAAUACUCAUGCCUGGACCCCACCCCUAGAGACUAGGGUAUAGCCUAGUUAUUGGGAGUUUCUUUAAAAGAGUUCCUGGGAUUCUGAUAAGAAGCCAGGUUGAGAACCACUACAUUAGAAGACUGAAUGGUUUAAUUGAAAUCCUAUCUUAUCAUUUGGUCUAAGGGAUAAGAUUGGGGGUCUAACCUUUCCUUUAACUCUAGUUAGUCAUAGUCCUUGACUUAUGCCUAUAUCUUUGUAAGAAAUAGUGUGUUUCAUUUGUGAUAGUAUUGGUAGGGCUGAAUAUGGAUGGCAUCUACUGUAAAACAAGUCUACCUUGUCAGAUGUGCAAAAGCUUUCACUUUUGUUCUCAAAUAAACUUUCGUGGGGUUUUUUUUUUUUUUUUUUUUUGACUCUGGCUAUUUAGAUGUCCUUGGUAGCAGAACUCCAAUGUCAGGAUUUUUAAGGAAAUACUUUCUUAUAUUUAGAUUAUUCCUUAAAAAAAAAAAAGCCUAGAAGCAUUCUAUAUUUUUUGUCUGUUGGUCUCCUUUGCUGGGAAGGAGGAGUGGGAUGCCUGCAGUUUCCUUCCUUUUGAGGAAAGCACACAGCAGACUUUAAAAUAUUUUUGACUCUUGGGCCAGGCGCAGUGGCUUACACCUGUAAUCCCAGCACUUUGGGAGGCCGAGGCGGGCGGAUCACGAGGUCAGGAGAUCGAGACCAUCCUGGCGAACAUGGUGAAACCCCGUCUGUAUUAAAAAAUACAAAAAAAAUUAGGCGGGCGCCUGUAGUCGCAGCUACUCGGGAGGCUGAGGCAGGAGAAUGGCGUGAACCCGGGAGGCGGAGCUUGCAGUGAGCCGAGAUAGUGCCACUGCACUCCAGCCUGGGUGACAGAGUGAGACUCCAUCUCAAAAAAAUAUAUAUAUAUAUUUUUGACUCUUACAGUUUGAGAUUGCUAGAGAUAGAAUAGUACUGCUCUAUUGUGCCACUGCACUCCAGCAGCCUGGGCGACAGCAAGAUUCCGUCAAAAAAAAAAAAAAAAAAAAGAAUAGUACUGCUCUUAAAAAGAUUAUUUACGUAUUUAUGAAACUGCAGUGGGAUGCCUAGUUUCCUUCCCUCUGAGGAAAGCACACAGCAGACCUUAAAAUAUUUUUGACUCUCAUAGUUUGACAUUGCUGGAGAUAGACUAGUACUGCUCUUAAAAAUAUUAUUUAUGUAUUUAUGUAUUUUAUUUAUUCAUUUAUUUAUUUAUUGACAGGAUCUCGCUCUGUCACCCAGGCUGGAGUGCAGCGGCCUGAUCAAAGCUCAGUGUAGCCUUGAACUUCUGGGCUCAAGCCAUCUUCCUGCUUCAGCCUUCCUAGUACCUGGGACUACAGGUGCAUGCCACCAUUCCCAGCUAAUUUAAAACAUUUUUAUUUUGUAAUGAUGGGUUCUUGCUAUGUUGCCCAGGCUGGUCUCAGACUCCUGGCCUCAAGCAAUCCUCCUGCCUUGGCCUCCCAAAGUGCUGGGAUGAUAGGCAUCAAGCGAUUCUCCUGCCUCAGCCUCACCAGUAGCUGGGACUACCGGCAUGAGCCACCAUGCCCAUCUAAGUUUUGUAUUUUUAGUGGAGAUGGGGUUUUGCCAUGAUGAGCAGUCUGGUCUCGAACUCCUGACCUCAGAUAAUCCACCCACCUCAGCCUCCCAAAGUGCUGGGAUUACAGGUGUGAGCCCUGGCACCUGGCAAUAUAGAGUAUUCUUGACAUCUUGAGCUGUGCAGUAAAUAAGAUAAUUAAAAUGAGCGAUAAAUAGUCUAAGCUUGAAAGUUAAAGAGCCUAAGCUUGAAACACUCUGUGACUUAGUUUUUGCAUUUAUUCUGUCUUCUGUGCGCCCAGCCUUACUCCAAAUUAAUGAGGCAUUGUUUUAUUUAUUUAUUUUUUUUGAGACAGAGUCUUGCUCUGUCGUCCAGGCUGGAGUGCAGUGGCACGAUCUUGGCUCACUGCUACCUCCGCCUCCAGGGUUCAAGCAAUUCUUCUGCCUCAACCUCUCGAGUAGCUGGGACUACAGGCGCGUGCUACCAUGCCCAGCUAAUUUUUUGUAUUUUUAAUAGAGACGGGGUUUCACCAUACUGGCCAGGCUGGUCUCGAACUCCCGACUUCGUAAUUCACCUGCUUCAGCCUCCCAAAGUGCUGGGAUUACAGGCGUGAGCCACUGCACCCGGCCUAAUAAGGCAUUAUUGCUUAAAAAUUCACAUCAAGCUGGGCAUGGUGAUAUGCACCUUUAGUCCCAGCUGCUUGGGAGGCUUAGAGGUAGCAGGAUCGCUUGAAGCCAGAAAUUCAACGCUACAGUAUGCUAUGAUCAUUUCUGUGAAUGGCCACUGCACUUCAGCCUGAGUAACGUAGCAAGACGCUGUCUCCAACAGAAAAUUGACAUCUGAAGCCCUGACUACAGGGGCACUAUACUGGUUUACGUGAAGUGUGGGAAGAGAGCAGGAUUGUGCUUCUUUGUACACAUUUGCUUCUCCCAGGAUAGUGUCAUAGUGCCUAGGAAGGUGAUGUGUGUGUCAGAUACAAUGAUAGUGAAAAGAAGGGAUUGGAAUUUUCAUACCUGUGUCAGUCUAAAUGAGCAUUACCAUGUCCGAAUUGUCUAAGUGGUAAGCUUCAUGAUUUGAAACAGUUUUCACUUUGAAAAACUGCUUCUGUGGAUUAAAAGUUGUCACCACUAAAGUGGGCUGUGGUGGAGUCGAUGCUGAUCCUCACUUAGGGCAGUGGCCUCCAAGGGGAAGAGGGCACACAGGAUGGCUGGGUGGGGGUGGGAAGAAAAGAUUAGGCCUUUGAUUUAUAUUCACUUUGAGGCUCGGCCUUAUUUAGUUUCUCACUUUGAAUGUAUUAUAUGUAUAUACAUCAAAUAUACAUCAAUAUUAGUUCAUUAGUACAUGUAGGUCAUUAAUUUAUAAAUAAAAGGUUGAACC